AUGGUGUUCUUCAAGAGGAAAUCCCAGAUCCAACCUUCGUCAAAGACGAAUCUAUCCCUGAGUAGCUCAAUGGGUUCAAUGACACAGUCUCAACUCAACACAAUAAUCAGCGACAUGCUGAGUCUGCCUCAAGCUGGAAACAGUUGCGAGGUCAUGUGCAGAGACAACCCAAUCACGAAUGCCGGGAAGCGGAAGCAGUUAUUAAAGAUGCUGAUUAUUGUCCUUCUGCCAAUGGGAAUCCUGGUGGGCAUGAUGGGAAAUGUUUUCAUUUCAGUUGUCAAGAACUACUACGAGGCUACCGGCAUACGGACGUCUCUCUUCUUUUCUGUGGAACUCGGUCAAAUGAUGCGCUAUCUGCAGCGGGAACGUGACAUGAGCGCCCUCUAUGUUGGAGCCAUUGGUAAGGACACGAAGGAUUACUUGUUGCGGAGGUAUCCGGACACAGACGCAGCACUGGCUAAUAUGUCUCAAUGGCCGGUCAGACUUGCCAAUAUACGAACAGAAUUUCAAUCCAAAGACAAGUUCUUGGUCUACCUCAAUCGGCAUCGAUACCAGCUAGAUCAACAAAACCGAACUUCAAAGCAGGAAAUGGAGUUUUAUACAAGUGUGAUAGAGAUUUUUAUGUCAUGGCUGUAUGAGAUUGUGUCGGAAUCCCGAACCGGAGCAGUAUGGAAGACGCUGGUGGCAUAUCAAGAGAUCAUCGUUGCUAGUGAAUACAUCGGACGUGAGAGAGGUAUGGGUAUCACUUACUUUGCUAGAGGGGGAUUUGAAACCAAAGAAGAUUAUCUUCUUUUUCUAGAGGCUCAAAUAAAUUCAAAUAUUACCUUCCAAUCCUGCAAACGCUACUCAGAAUUGGCAUAUCAGAUAUAUGAGGACCAACUCAAGACUAAAGCUACAUUGUUGGCCCCUAUCACUAACAUGAGGCUUAUGAUAAGGUCUAACAAGAGUGCCAAGAGAAACCCCUCCCUGGAGACUGCAAACUAUUGGUUUGAAAACAUGACUUAUUAUCAGGAGACGGUCAGAGAAACUCAGAAAAAACUGGCGGAGAAAAUUGAUUCUCAACUGUCACUUCGAGAGGAAGAGGAUCUGGAGGUCAUCAUUUCAAUCAGUUGCAUCUUUGGCGUUGUCAUGGUUAUCUGUCCUUUGGUUAUCCUAGGAGUAUUUAAACUAACUGUGCAGAUUCAAAGCUACUCACUUUCAAUUGCAAAUAGAACGAAAGCAUUGAAUAAGGAGAAGAAGAGAACGGACACGCUGCUUUAUCAAAUGUUACCAAAGUCUGUGGCAGAACGUCUAAAGAAUAAUGAAAUAAUAGAGGCUGAACACUAUUCCGAAGCCACAAUCUUUUUUAGCGACAUAGUUGGUUUCACCAAAAUAGCUGCAUCUAGCUCCCCGUACCAGGUUGUGGACAUGCUGAAUAGCCUGUACAUGUGUUUUGACCAAAGGAUUGAGCUCUAUGACGUAUACAAGGUGGAAACAAUAGGUGACGCCUACAUGGUGGUAUCCGGCGUGCCUCGAAAAAACGGUCAGCGCCAUGCUGCAGAGAUUGGAAUAAUGGCUCUUGAUUUGGUACGAACUGUGAAAGACCUUGAAAUACCCCAUGUACCUGGCAUGACAUUCAGCUUAAGAACCGGUUGUCAUACAGGUCCUGUCGUUGCCGGUGUAGUGGGGACAAAAAUGCCGAGAUAUUGUUUGUUCGGCGAUACCGUCAACACAGCAUCUAAGAUGGAAUCUUUGGGAAUGGCAAACAAAGUACAUAUCAGCCAGACAACCCGUGAUAUCCUCUUCACUAUCGAUGGAUUCAUGAUUGAAGAGCGCUUUGAUGAAGUUGUUCAGGUGAGAGAGAGAGAGAGAGAGGUGUAA